AUGAGUUGGGAUCACCCUGUCCACAGCUUCUACGGUGACCCGCAAACCCCGACGAGGACCCAAUUCGACUCGUUUCCCCCCAAACUCGAAUCCAGCUUCUUCGAUCCCCGAGUCACCUGGGACACUUCCGAUCCAUAUGCCUCUAGUCCGGAGAUCCUCCGGACACCUCAGAGGUUCAGCCUCGGCUCCCACAAAGGCAAUGACUCCGCCUACAAGAGAACAGAGACCGAUACCGCCAGGCGGAUUCGUCCAAAUGCCGAGGAUUACCCCCGGACCAUAGGCUCGGCCAAGUCAGCGGCCUCGAUGCAGACCCCUCCCCCGACAAGUGCGUCAAGGAGGAAGAUCCCCGAGUUUGAGCCGGAGUCGUUGUCAGCGGGGGGUCAUUUGGAGACCCCGAGUCGGCUGCUAGGAACCUCCCCUCGAAUGUUCGGGCAGGCGUCACCCGAUCUGUUCCAAUUGGCAUCGUUAGAUCCGGUCUCUCCUUUCUUGCCACAGCAAAGAUUGUUUUGGGACCAAGAGACCGAGAAUAAUGAAAUCCCCUUGCCAAGCAAUGGCAACUUCGACGCUCGCCAGUCCUCCCAUAUUCCUAAAUUACCUGCCCUGGAUAGCGCAAAUUUGCCCGAUUUCGGCCAUGGCUAUGGUCUAUCAGCGCCCAACGACGCUGCUCUCUUUCCUGCCCCUUUCUCCACCUCGCCUCGCCGACCGGUCGCCAAGGCAGAGGAUCCUGCUCUCUUCCUGAGCUCCCCCGCCCGACGAUUCGGCGGUCCGCAAAUGACCCCAGAGACAAGGUCUCUGCGAGGACUGCGUCAACCGUACCACCAUCAGGCGGAAGAAUCAAGGCGGGAGGAACUACUACGGGCACAAGGCAAUGGGAGGUCAGACUUGGCGAGCUUCCCAGGCGAGAGUGAUGAAGAAGACGACGACAUUACUCCGAGGGGCCUUCGACCCGGUCUGACACGGAGUGUCACGCAUAAUGGUCUCUCCUCUGGCCGGUCAUUCAGUCAAGGAAUGAUGGCAUCUACCAGCGGUGUUCGGAAGAGCCCGUCCAAGGGGCGUUCGUCUCCUGCUAAGACCAUGCGUCCAGCUCCCUUGCCUCGCGCAAAUUCAAUUGCCACGGGUUUCCCAACCCGCUCAACGUCUGUAGUCCUCCGCAUUGGACGAGACGGUCGUGCCAAGGCCGAGAUGGAGGCUGUCGAUGAGGCUCCAACAGGCCUGACUGAUCCCCUGACAGGCAUGGAACUAGAUGGGUCAGCAACAGAGAGUGAAGCAGAUCCGGCUGAAUACUCUGAAUACCCUGUCCUACACCGCACACGGUCGUCCUUUUCGCUCUACGAUGGUCCCCGGCCACCACUCUCUCGGAGUGACUCGGAUUCCCGUCCUCCUUCAAAGGGCUCAUACACCUCCACAGUCGGAUCUUCUCAAUCCGGGCGGAUGUCACCGUGGGCUGGGUCCUCGCGAGCGGGAAGAGCUACUUUGCGCGGGUCGCCUGAACUCAAACGUACGCCAAAGCGGCAUUCCUCAUUACUCCAUUCGGACUCGACCUUCACCCGCGGCAGUGGAUCAGACUCGCUUCCUGGCGAGGAUGAGGACAGUGGCGAUGCUCAAUCCGCCCUCCGACAAGUCCUUAAAGAACGGGGCCGAGGCACUAGGCCUUCUACUGGCCUACGCGGCCGGCUUUCUCGCUCAUCACAUACCUUUAAUCAUCUCCGAUCAUCACCGCCUCGCUUCGGCAGUGAUUACGACAUUCCCCGGCACAACGGCUCUCCUACUACACUCACCGACCCCGAUCUAGCCACUCCCAGCACUGAACGGCACAGCAAUCCCAGCAACGGGACGCGAUGUGUCUGCCGGUCGUUGGAAAAUGGUGGGCACCUGAUGAUCCAAUGUGAAUCAUGUACCCACUGGCUACACACCAGAUGCGUUGGGUUAGAGCGCUCCCACCUACCCUCAGUCUACGUCUGCAUCUUCUGUGCGCAAACGCCAUCGAAGCAGAAUCGAUCCCGAACGUCUUAUGUUCCGGGUCAAGCUCCCCCUUCACCAUUAGCCCACAAGUCAUACCGACUGCGGUGA